AUGGCUGAAACUGCAGAAAAAAACAUGAAGAAACUCCCGUACCUUUCUGUGGUAUCUAAGGUAUGUAUUGAACUCGAAUCUCAACUAGGAAAAGGUUAUAUUGACAAUAGUAAAAUAUUUUCUCUGUCUAUUGCUGAUAUUGGUAUAGAUUCUAAGAAUGUCGAUGAAUUCAAAUUGAAAUUGAAAGCGAAUCCUAAUAAUGUUAUUCAUAUGCCUGAAUUUUUUCUGGAUCAACUUUUUAGUAUCAUCCAUAUAGAUGACGAAGAAUUUAUUCAAACAAGUAGUUUAGUUGAUUAUGAUGAUGAGGUUCCGGGGGAUGAAGAUAGUAAGACGAUUAAGCAUGUUCAUAAAAUAAAGUAUUAUUACCCACAAAUAGAAGAUGAAGAUGCACAUAACCUUCUAAUUACUUACGAGCAAAGGUUGCAACUAUCUAUCCCAGAACUACGAAGAAUCCUUCCAAUAUACCGAUGGAAGGAAAAUUUAGUUGAAGCCGUCAAGGAUAAUCCAGUUUUAGUUUUCUAUGGAGAAGUGGGAUGUGGAAAAACAACUCAACUGACACAGUAUCUAGCCGAAGCCGAUUAUGCCACUAGAGGUAAAAUUGUGUGUGCUCAACCUCUAGGAGUUGAAACAUUGUCGGCAGCAGAAAGAGUAGCCAAAGAAUCGGUUCUACUUUGGGUGAAAAGGGAGUUUCUUCGUGAUGAAAAUCUUUCUCAGUAUUCUGUCAUCAUUGUGGAUGAUGCUCACCGGAGAACACUUGUUAGCGACGCUCUUUGUUGUUUACUCAAGCCACUCAUCCUACGAAGACCUGGCCUAAAAUGUAUCAUAACAUCUCAAAUUAGAGAAGAAGCAGAUGUUUUAGCGGACUUUUUCUUAGCUAAUGUGUUCCUCUAUGAACCGAUACUACCAUAUAGGGUUCUUGUUGAGUAUCCGUUAGAACCAGUAAGCGAUUAUCUAGACAGUUCAUUGAUUACAGUUCUACAGAUUCAUUUAACCAAACCAGAGGGUGAUAUUCUUGUCUUCUUAACGGAUCAAGAAGAUGUCAAACGUGCUUGCGAGUCUUUACACGAGAGAAUGCGAGGGCUAAGAAAUAUUGCACCCGAGCUAUUAAUCGUGCCUGUGUACGGCGUUCCUGUUCCUAGUGAGAUGCAGACAAUGGUUUAUGGUAGACCUUCUACUGGGUUUAGGAAGGUAGUUCUGGCACCUAGUACUACCGAGGCUUCUUUAGCUAUCGAUAAUGUACUUUACAUUGUCGAUUCUGGACUGCAGAAGCAAUUUAUGUGCGACGAAACAGAAGGUAUCGAUUCUUUAGUCAUUGCACGCAUUUCAGGAGCUUCAGAAACUGUGCGGCGUAAGCUUGCCGGUCGAACAAGACAUGGUGGCAUCUGUUAUCGAAUGUACCCCUACAGCGAGGUAAUGGUGGCUCGUUUGUAUCCUGAAUAUGCAAGGAUGAAUCUUGGGUUUGUUACAAUAGUACUUAUAUUGCAAGUUAUGGGCAUAAAAGAUGUCUACCAUUUCCCGGAUUCUCCUUUUCCCCGAGUUAUAAAAUUGGCGAUGAAAGAACUGAUUGAGGUACAAGCUUUUGAUGAACAAGGGAACGUGACCAAGAUUGGGGGAAAAUGGCAGAAUUUUUGA